AUGGCGUCUACGCUCACUCUCAAACUUACAAACAGGUCGCCGAAGCAACCGAUCAAGAAGCUUCCGGCGACCAUCGACGUCCCCGCCGACGCGACGAUUGAAGAUGUCAAAGCCAUCGUCGCCCGCCAGUCCGGCAUCUCGGACCACAACCGCAUCGGCAUCUUUAACCCGGCGACCAACAAGACCUUCAAGGAUCGCCGCGCCCAGGUCGGCCAGGACGCUGACAUUGUCAAGUCUAAAGAGCUAUUGAUCAAGGAUCUCGGCCCCCAAAUCGCCUGGCGCACCGUCUUCCUCCUCGAAUACCUCGGCCCCAUCCUCUUCCACGUCGGCGCCGUCGUGUUCCGCCCUUACCUCUACAAGGACGUGGCCUCCCACCCGCUCUCCGACACGCAGCGCCUCGUGUUCGCCAUGUUCGUCGCCCACUUUGUCAAGCGCGAGCUCGAGACUUUAUUCGUGCACAAGUUCUCCGCCAGCACCAUGCCGGCCCGCAACAUUUUCAAAAAUUGCUUCUUCUACUGGGCCUUUUCGGGCGCUCUCGACCCCGUCGUGGACCUCGUCGGCGCCGUCAUCUUUGUUCUCGGCGAGCUGGCCAACGCUAGCGUGCACCUGCACUUGUCGAGCCUGCGGUCGCGCGGCGGUACCGAGAGGCGCAUUCCCUCGGGCCUCGGCUUCUCGCUUGUGACUUGCCCCAACUACCUCUUUGAGAUCCUCUCGUGGGUCGGCGUCAUCAUCGCUAGCCGGGACUGGUCUGUCCUCGUCUUCAUCGCUAUUGGUGCCGCGCAGAUGGCGGCCUGGGCCAAGGGCAAGGAGAAGGCGUACAGGAAGGAGUUUGGCGACAAGUAUAAGAAGAAGCGAUAUGUUAUGCUGCCCGGCCUCAUCUAA